AAAACGAAAACAGAGGGCUUCUCGGGCACCGUAGAUUCGCGGAAGUUGUAAAAUAAAAAAAAUAAAAAGAUCUGCGAUUUAUGUAUGUAAAAUUGUAUUUACGUUAAUUGCUAUCAUCCAUCUUUGUUCCAGGACUGUCAACAUGGAAGAUGAAUGGGAAGAGGAGGAGCAGCUUGUUGUGGUGGAGCUCUCUGGUAUCAUCAACAAUGACUUCCUGUCCAAGUGUCGAGGCACAUGCAAGAUUCUUGACAUUGACAGCGAGAAGCCCAUGAUGCAGGUUGGACAAUAUGUGUUUGCAGGAGAAUAUGAAAACGCCUUGGGAACUUGUGUGCUGUUCGAGGAGGGACCACAGAAAGAAAAAGCAGACAAUGUUCCAGAGCUCAAGUACAUGUGCCACACUGUGAAGAAACUGAUGAUGCAACGAAUCUUCCUCGUUGAGAAGAAAGACGGAGAAACCAGCACAGCAGGAAGUGUUGAUAGUGGUGAACAGAUGAACACAACUUACCAGUCCGAUCAAGAAGAAAAUGCCAACCAACAGGGAGAGACAGAAGAUGAUAUGGGCAAAUCAGAUUUGGAAGACUCAACAGUGGGCUGAGAAAUGGAGGCCUUGGCAUAUUAUGACCUCCCUAUACAAGUGUAGAGACACACCAGCAUUUGCGAAGCUGUAGGAGACUCCAUGUCUGAAACAGACAAUUCAAAGACAGUUGAAUGUAUACAGUUCAGCAAUAACAGCAGGAAAGCGUCAGUGUUAAUGUAAACAUUGCGUUGCUUUCCUUUUCCAAAAACAUGUAUUGCCUCUUCUUUACUGGACCUCAAAAUAAGUGAAUUUCAUAUUUGAUGUGCAACAUAAAUAUGGCUAAAUGACACCUAAAGGGAAAACAGUCUUGUACAAAUUAUCAUGUAAAUCCUUUCUUUCCACAUAGGAAGGGUCUUGGGAAGGACAGUCACAGAAACGUGGCCGGAGACCUCAGCUUAGCAGCAGGAAGUCCUGUCAUUGUGCUUUUAUGAUAUCAAUUUUUGUUUCCUCUGAUCAUGAUAAAUCAUUAUACUGUUUAACCAGCAGAGGGAGAGAAAUCUGCUUGAGCUGCAGGGUUAUAGUACAUCAUUUAUACAUUCAAAGAAGUGAGGGAGGAGUACCUGACUUAAAAAUACAAAGUCACUAUUUUUCUGAUUUAUGAUGAAUGUACUUUGGCUAUUGAUUUGCUGUAUUAAAGACAACAAAAAUAAGGCAUUUUUCUUUUGAGUGGCCUCAGUCUUAUUGUGUUGUUUUUGUUGUUGAUGUUUUGCUUUGUGGAAUUUCUGCCUGAGGAGAUGUGGAUUUGGCAUUUGGUUACAGAGAAAAAGGCUGUCAAUCAGGCAAAAUCCAUUUUUAUUUUAGCUUUCAAGACUGUAAAUAAAGCUCUACUGCAGUUUA